AGAGAGAGAGAGAGAGAGAGAAGGGGGAAGAUGCUGUUGCCAGGAAACGGCUGCGCAGUAGGAACGUCCUUGUUUUCCAGCUCGUGCGAGGAUCUCAUCACUUUAAAGGAUGGAUUCACAAACGGACUGAGCGAGGAAAAGGAGGAGAGCGGCCUCGAGGGAAUCAAAAGAGAAGGAGGACAGCACUCGUCUCUCUUGUACCCUCCAGGAGCGGCGUCAGCAGACAGGAGGCGUCGUCCAGCAGCCCAGGUCCCCCUGAGCACACAGCACUGUCCCACCCGCAGAUGUGAACAGUGAUGAAGACGCCCACACCGAUCAGGCAGCUGUGAAAAGACACGGCAUCAAACCAAGACAGCUUUCAAACCAGCGGAGAGGGCAAACCCCUCCUGACUACAGCGUGUGAGUGCUCCUGCUUUUUUCUGUGAAACCACUGGUGAGCUGAAACCUGUCCUCCCCGGCAGAGGAUGGGUACAGCGGAAGCCACCCUACGCAUGGACAGCAUGGAGGUGAAGGACGAGUGGCAGGACGAGGACUUCCCCAGGCCACUGCCAGAAGAUGGAGAUAUUGAUUCUUCAUGUGGCCUCACUGACAACAGAAACCAUCCCCCCACCACUCUCAACGUGGCAGAGUCAGUGGCCCAGCAGCACAAACGUCGCACCCUGGUGGCCCCCGACAUGAGCCUGUCCCUGGAUCAGAGCGAGGGGUCGGUGCUCUCUGACGACUUCAUGGAAACGCCCGAUGACCUGGACAUCAACGUGGACGACAUCGAGACCCCCGACGAGACGGACUCGCUGGAGUUCAUCAACAACGGCAACGAGCUGGAGUGGGAAGACGACACUCCGGUGGCCAAUGCCAAACGUCUUCCGGGUGAAAGCGAGGAAGAGCGAGAUUCAUCGGGUCGCCUGUGGCGAACCGUGAUCAUCGGUGACCAGGAGCAACGGAUCGACAUGCAGGUCAUCAGGCCGUUCCUGCGGGUGGUCACACAUGGAGGUUACUAUGGCGAGGGGCUGAACGCCAUCAUUGUGUUCGCAGCCUGCUACCUUCCAGACAGCGGCUGUGACGACUACACUUACAUCAUGGAGAACCUCUUCCUGUACGUUGUGAGCAGCCUGGAGCUUCUGGUGGCUGAGGACUACAUGAUCGUUUACCUGAACGGAGCGACUCCUCGCAGGAAGAUGCCCGGCAUCAGCUGGCUGAAGAGAUGCUACCAGAUGAUUGACAGGAAACUGAGGAAGAAUCUCAAGUGUCUCAUCAUCGCUCACCCGACGUGGUUCAUCCGGACCGUCCUGGCCAUCUCAAGACCUUUCAUCAGUGUGAAGUUCAUGGAUAAAAUCCGAUACGUUCACACCCUGGGGGAACUCAGCCAGAUCAUCCCCAUGGAGCAUGUGCAGAUCCCCGAGUGUGUGCUGCAGUAUGAUGAUGAGAAGAUGAUGGCACAAAAGGAAAGACUUGAGCAAGACCAGCAGCAGAACAACUCAACACCGCCUAAAGAAAGGCCAAAGUCAAUGAUAGCAGGGGUUGGCUGUGACAUCUGACAUUAAGAAGAGCGUUCGUUCAUUACAACCGGAGCCAUCGCCACACUCCCGUUGCACAGGAUCAAAUCUCCCGACUCCAUUCGUCAGCUGCAAGACAAUCAUUUGUCAAAAACAUCAUUCUCAGCCACAUGCCUGCUUCCAACUGAACGUGAAUUUGCACCAAACCGUUCCAAAUCAUAGCUAAAUCAAGAAGUCUCGGCUCUCUGCAUGUCAAGUCGAGCUUCGUCUACACAGCAUGACCUCAAUUACAUGAGAGUGAAACAUUUUUGGGAUGAAAUUUCAAACAUCUUCCGACAGAGCAGGGAACAUCGUGUAAAUACUUGUUCAUAUAUUUUCCAGAAAGGUGUUUGCAGAGAUAUUUUGUUUGUUUUUAUAUGAAUGGUACGGGUGUUGUUUAGUUCCAUGACUGUUCAUUGAAGAAUAACGUGCAAUGAUAAUGUUCUCAAACCUACAGUAGAUGUUACAGAUGCAAACGUGUUUCCAAAGUUUUCAAAGGUUUUCCAAGAGUUUAAUAUGCAGGUGGCAUGCUCGUUCAUAUCCCUUCUGUCUCUGUCACAUGAUUUUGUCCGAUUUUAAGUCAUUUGCCAUCGUGUUUUAAAAAGGUACUUUUGCAAGAUGGAAAGCAUUCAAUGUUGCGUAAAAAAAUCUAUAUUUAAGAAGAGAGGGUUAAAAUAAAUUAAAAGUGUUAUUUAUGAAAGUGUGCCAUUUAUUGUUUGUAUAAAAAAAAUAAACAAGUGAACUCAAA